AUGUCGUAUACAAGAAAAAAUAUUUUGGCUUUUACUCCAGCUACUACUCGUGGCCAGCCAGUUCAACUGGGAACAGACUCUAAGGGAGAAAACCUCCUCUAUACAAAUGGAAAGACUGUAAUUAUUAGAAGCUUGGCGCAUCCUGAAAAUUCAAAAGAAUAUACGCAACACUCGGCUAAUGCGACCGUUGCGAAAUAUGCCCCUAGCGGAUACUACAUUGCCUCUGGCGAUGUUAAUGGAACGGUUAGAAUUUGGGAUACAGUUGGAGAAGAACAGAUUCUCAAAACUGAAGUGAAAGUUAUUUCUGGAAAGAUUACUGACAUUGCCUGGGAUUCGGAAAGUAAGCGAAUCAUUGCUGUCGGAGAUGGAAGAGAAAAAUAUGGCCAUGCCUUUCUCUUUGACUCUGGAUCGUCUGUUGGAGAGAUUGCUGGUCAUCAUAAGGUUAUAAACAGCGUUAGUAUUCGUCAGCAACGUCCGUUUCGUGCGGCCACGGCUUCGGAUGAUUUUAGCGUAGUAUUUUAUCACGGAGUUCCGUACAAGUACAACAAAGCGAUAAAAGAUCAUACCGGAUUUGUUCAAGGCGUGAGUUUCUCUCCUGAUGGAGAGAAGUUUGUCAGCGUCGGUUCUGACAAAAAGGUUUUCCUCUAUGAUGGAAAGACAGGUGAUAAGCUAUCGGAACUGUCAGCUGCCGCAGGCAGCGAUACUCACACCGGUAGUGUCUAUGCAGUUUCUUGGUCUCCAGACAGCAAAAAGAUUCUAACAUCUUCUGGAGAUAAAACUGCAAAAAUUUGGGACGUGGAAGCUCAAAAAAUUGUGCGCACGUUUGAAUUUUCCAAUAAUGUUGAUGACCAGCAAGUUGGAAAUGUUUGGCGAGGCAGUUAUCUCAUCAGUCUUUCGUUAUCCGGAAAUAUCAAUUACCUGGACGAGGCUUCGCCAAAGCCAGUGAGAAUAGUCAAGGGUCACCAAAAAGCCAUCACGGCGCUUACAAAAACCGACGAAAAGACAUUGUUUACCGGAAAUGAAGGUCAUGCAACAGAAUUAGACGGGCAAGGCCAUUCCAAUCAAGUAACUCAGCUCGUUAAUCAUAAAAACGCAAUCUAUUCCGUUGGUAUGGAUGACAGUUUAAGGGAAAUUGACCCUGACAACAAAUCAUUUAGCGCGUUAGUUCUUCCAACGAAACACAUGCCAAAGGGAUUAGGCGUUGGCAGCAGUGGCGUGAGCGUAAUUGGUACUGUAGAGAGUUUACUUCUUAUAAAGGAUAAGAAAGAAGUUUUUAACACAUCUGUUCAGUCUCCACCGGGUGCUGUUGCGAUCAAAGCCGACGAAACUGAAGUCGCUGUUGGGGGCGAGGAUAGUAAAAUUCGCUUGUAUAGUCUCAAGGAUGACCGUCUCACCGAAACAAAGCAACUCGAUGCAAAUCGUGGAGCUAUUACGGCAUUGUCAUAUUCUCCAGAUGGCUCUCUAUUGGCUGCUGGCGACGCUCAAGGCAAGAUAAUGGUAUAUGAUACGGUAACAGGCUCUGUAAAACUCUCCCAAUGGGUCUUCCACACGGCGCGUAUCAAUUCCAUUGCAUGGAGCUCUGAUGGUAAACAUGCUGUCAGUGGGUCUUUGGAUACUAACAUUUACAUAUGGUCUACAGAAAAACCUAUGAAAAAGAUACAAAUAAAAGGCGCUCAUCAAGUUGGGGUGACUGGAGUCAUAUUUAUGAAUGACAAUACCGUCGCGUCUGUUGGACAGGAUGCAUGCGUCAAAAUCUGGAAUAUUCAGCAUCACUGA